AUGCGACUGAAUUCAGUCCGGGGCACACCCUAAAACGACGUCGUCUUAUAUAUUAACCAUAUUUCCUUUUCCACAAGUGGAAAGGUUUCUUCUCCGCGGACACCCUCGAAUUCCAUCCUCGUCGAUCUGCAACCACAGAUCAGGCACCCCCUGUUCUCUCUGCAACCAUGGAUUUUCCCAAUUGUUACUGCCUCCGAACGCUUAUUCUAUUAUCGCUUCUCUACCUUCAUGCCAGGGCUGAAGGCACUGGUUCUAUUUUCUUCCUCGACAGCCCCAGCAAUCAAUUCCUUCGCACCCGAUCAUCUGAUGCCGUUGCUGAGUUCGAUUCAAUGUUGCUUCCUGAAGUUGGAGCUGCUAUCUCAGUCUUGCUUGGUUUUGCGCCAUCUGCUACACUCUCGGCCGCUAGUUCAUCUAAGUUGAAUAAGGUCCUAGUGCCAAAUCCAUUCAACAGGCCCCGCGCUGUUUUUAUGCUUGAAGUAAAAGGAGCUGAAGGUUCAGAGUUGGCUGUUGACCCAGUUUUAUCCCAUCGCACCCUUAAGCUUAAGGUCAAGACCCUUCCUGGUUCAAAUAAAGCUGAGAUUCAACUUCCAGAUGAAGAGGAAGUUUCUUUAGUUUCUUUGACUGAACCCUUAAGUUUAGAUUCUGAUAUGGAUUCAACUGACAAAGGACUUAAAGAUUUUGCAUCAUGGUUCGGUGGAUCAUACACUGCUAAUGCCUUGAAACCAUUAAGCGGGGAGCUGAAUAUCCCCUUGGCCAAUGGUGUAGACUUGAAGCUUCACAUGUCAAAGGAGGCAGACCGCAAAUUUACAGAAAGCCUCAUGUCCCUCAUCCAUAAUAUUAAAAGUGCAAUUAAGAUGCAUGAAGAUUUGUCACAAAGCAUUCAGCAUCCAGCUGAGUUAAUGACAGGCUGUUUUGAGGGCAUUAAGGCUUUGCAAAAGCAGUAUGGAUCUGAAGGUGUUGCUGAGCUCGGUACAGAGUUAUUCUUUACUGCGAUGUCCAAGAUAUUUGAUUCAUUGCAGGCAGCACACAAAGGUCAACUUGUUGGAGUAAUUUUCUUAAAUGAGAAACCUUCUUCAGAGUCUGAAGCAACGUUUAAUGUGAUGUCUGCAUCCCGGUCAUCUUCACGUUGGUUAGUGGAAACAACGGGUUCAUCUAAUUCAACCAUAGCUCCAGAAGUAGUGUUUGUUAGGCGGACAGUUGCCUGGGUGACCGGAGUUGUUCUUAUCAUUGCAACUCUUUUAGGGGUCUACUUUCUUCUCAAUAUGCCACUUACAAGGGACACACUUCUGUAUUCUAAUGUCAAGCUCGACUAGGCGUGAAAGCAAGAUUUUUUUUGGAUCAUUCGACCAUUAGAGGAGGUCAGGUUGCCAUUGAACUUUAUACACGUGGGAUACUCGUUGAUGCCAUGUUCCACAUUCUCUCCUCUUUUUACUAUGUUGUCAUGAAAUCCAUUUGUUUUGGCAUUAAACAGAUUGCUCGAGCUAAUUGGGUCUCUUUUCUAUUAGGCAUUAUUAUCUGUAUCAAUCAGUAAUGGGGUUUAUCAGUUAUUAUUUGUAGGUGCCAGUUUCUUCUACAUAAAGCAUGGUAUAUUGGGUUGUAGGAGGCGAGGAGGGAGUUGGUGAAACAAAAUUGGUCUUGUGAUGCGUAUGUGGUCAUGUAGCAUUUCGUUUUUCACUCCAUGGGUUCAUCUUCUCAUAUUUUUAAUAAUGAAAUUUCAACGAUUUCCAUA